AUGCGGAUGAGCAUGGUUGCCGGAGCCCCGAGUGAAAGGGUAGCUAUUGUUGGACCCAGAGACGAUUCGCCGUCAUCAUGGUACCCAAUUGACAUGUCCUCGAAAUAUCCAAGAGCAAGGAGUUCAUUGGGCAUUUGGAAGGCAUUAGCGUCCACUGUAUGCCGUGUCGCCCAUUUUAGACGCUCGAGUGCACUGAUGAUAACCGGCGGAGCGGUGUUAAAUGGUCGAGAGUCCACGCUCACGAUAUAUUUAUAUGGCAUUCCCUAUGAACAUGGUAUUAGGUAUAGAAUAUAUAGCAGUGGAGGCUAG